AUGACUAGAAAAUCCGUUGACUCGGAGUCACUGACAGACGGCGAUUCUACCGGACCGUCGGAGAUUGUCAGUCUUCCCCUAAAGCGUUUCUAUCGGCAACGUGCUCACUGCAACCCGUGGUCCGAUCACACUUUUGAUUAUCCUAUCUCUCCCGAACACUAUGAUUGGGAGCCCUUAUACGCUUCGCCUCUUUCGGGGCCGGCGAUUAUCGAUCCACUCGUGCGCUUUGUGGACGUCGGGUGUGGUUAUGGCAGAUUGCUUAUUUCCUUAGCCACCAUGUACCCGUCUGUCCGCUCUUUGGGUUUGGAAAUACGGCUGAAAGUUUGCGAUUUCGUACAGAGGAAGAUUUGUGCUUUGCGCUCAAAUUAUCCCGGUCAAUACAAUAAUAUCGCCUGUUUGCGGACAAAUGCUAUGAAGUUUCUGCCAAACUUCUUCCGUAAGGGCCAACUACAGAAAUUAUUCUUCCUGUAUCCUGAUCCGCAUUUUAAGCGAAUGAAGCACAAAUGGCGCAUAAUUUCCCCCACUCUUCUCGACGUGUAUGCGUACGUGUUGUGUCCCGGAGGUCGCCUGUACGCAGCCACCGAUGUUCCUGAAUUGGCCACUUGGAUCGCCGAUUGCCUCCGACACCAUCCACUCUUUCGUAUUCGCUCCUACAUUCCAUUCGUGCCCUCCGAUGACGGAAAGUCACUUAGACUAAACGAAAUGCAUGAUUGGGAAGGCUGCACUGACUCUGCCAUAUGCACUCAAGACGCACUUGAUAAUGUGAUUCGUGAUGACCCUGUGCUGCGUCUUUUCCAACAAUGUACCACUGAUGAGUCUCUCAAAGCGCUGCGUGAGGGUCGUGGAACUGUUGUGCUUGUUUGUGACCGAACUGAUAUCCCUCUUUAA